CAUCCCCUCACCAGACACACCUUCUUGAAAACACUUGAAUUGGCUCUCAAGAAAGUAGGUCUGCCCCCCCUCAAAGGGCAUGGUAUACACAUAGGUUUGACCCUAGAGUACCUCCUCAGGAAUGUACCUUUUGACAUCAUCAAGGUGAAG